AUGACUGACUCCAGAGACGGUAAUGUGUUCCAUCUAGCAGCUUCUUUGAAUGUUGCCCCAGUAUUCAAACUCUCAGGACCAGAAACUGAGUAUUUGGCCCGAGAACAAGACAUGAAUGGGGAUCUUCCCAUUCAUAUUGCGAGGAAGAGGGGUUGUGUUGAUCUAAUCGAGAAGCUACUUCCGAUAUCAGCUCCGUAUAACAGGCGAGGACAAGCCAUUCUUCAUUUGACAGCAAAAUAUGGAAGAACUCAAGUAGUGAGAUAUGUACUUAGACAUCCAAAACUGUGGAUCAUGAUGCAUGAUAAAGAUGAUGCUGGAAAUACACCUUUACACUUGGCAGCGAAGUAUUCACAACCUGCCGCUUUGAUUCCUUUUGUGCUGGCUAAAAGAAUUAAUCCCACCCGUGUCGACCACGAAAGCUUGAUUGCUCUUACCAUUGCUCGAAAUCUCUCCAUAAGGGAGCCUACAUUACGGAAGUUCAUCACCCUGCUCUAUUUGCCGUUCAGGUCAACGGCUCCCAAUUCACAGCAAGCUAAGGAUCUUAAGCUCCGCCGCGUCGUCAAACUCGAGUUCAAGAUCUGGAGGGCUUGA